UUCGACAUUCGCAUUUUAGUGGACAGAAACUGUUACCCUAAGAUGGAAUCUGCGGUAGAUUCUGUCGUUGCCCGGCCACGGAUGGUCUUCGUUGAAGGGGAAGAGUUCGAUCUGAGGAAGUUACCAGAGCAGUGUAAGAUCAGCAACUGCCUUCGCAAUUGCAAAGACGAGAUCGAGGAUUGCGGAAUAGUACCAAGGACCUUGUCGCAAACAGUGGGUAAUGCUGUGAUUUUUCUUAAACUUGCUGUCUUCUCUUUCGCUGCUUGUGGUAACUUCAUUUUGCAAAAUGAGAUUUUCACUGCUUGGUUUAACACAACUAAGUUGCUUGGGAAGAUCGAAAGUAAUUUUCUACGCAUGAAAAUCGGCAUGUCGGACGCUUUGCAGAAUAUGCAUAUAGGAUAUGUGCACGCCUGGGAGGGACAUGAACAACUUGCAAAAAACUGCUUUAGAACUGCCUCGGCUAAGAUGCAGGAAAUGCGUGGUUAUCUGCCUGGGUUGCUUGCUGAAGUUAGCGCUAUCUUGGAUAACCUGAAUCAACUCCGCGACCGGUAUUCGCUGCAACGCCAAGAUAUUCAGAGAGAGUUCGAUACGAAAGUUAACCGAUUGAAGACGGGAAAGAGAAAUUUAACACAGAGGAAGAGAGAGGAAGAAAGGUCAAGUCGCAGAAGGCAACAAGGGAAAAAUGAUGACAUUAAUCGGUUACAAGAGCAGAGUAGCUUCUGCAAAUGGUUGUACGGGACUGAGCAAGCCAUUGAGCAACUGAGGCACGAAAGGGAGCAACUGGAAGCCGAAUUGGCCGUUAAUAACCAAACGUAUGACAACAUCAUCAACAGGCUUGCAGCAGAAUGCCAAAGGAAUGCUGAAGACGAUGCUGUCGUGAAAGCCAUUCAUGCGGCCAUCACGGCUGUAGGGCAUGUCAGGACCGGGCUACUUCAAUGUGAGGUUUUCCUAGAAAAAGUGUCUGACCAGCAGCUGAGGACAUUGUCGAGAAGCAUCGUGAUCCAGCCGGAACAGCCGGGACAGAAUAUUAGAGACGUCAUCACCUCUGAUUCGUUCAAGUUGAAUAUGGUGUUAUCCUACUGCCUGUUUAUGGCCCUUGAAGAUGUAUUUGGUUCCUGCGUCCGUGAAAUGCAUCAGUGCACUAGCUACUUCGCCCGGGAGAUGACCGCCAAUCCAACGCAGUGCGAGGCAAGGGCGCAUCUUGCGGACCCCCUCUGGAAUCAGGCCAACAACAACUGGUUGAACCAAGACACGGUUGAAGAUGAAGGCAGAGAGCUACCGUAUCGUGAACGCCCUAAUGGAGCAGAUCAUCAAAUCGAUAAUCAGAUCGCGGAUCGACCCUUGAACUUCAACUCUACUUUCAACGUAAUCCUUGGUAUCGCUGUCUUCCUUGCUGUCAGCUAUAUGUUAAACUAUUGCUUUGGAUUGAACUCUAUGUCUCCAUAAAAGAGGCUAGCGCGGCGCAUCUCUUAAAAGUAAAGAUUUUAACUGCUUUUGAGAUUUUGAAAAACCACUAUUGAUAAUACAUGUAUGUAUUUGUUGAUUUCGUACAAUGAUUGUACAGAUUGAAUAAUUUUGCUAAUAUAUAUAUAUAAUUCGCUGAAAAACCUCUACCGGUGCAUAGUUGUGUUGGCUGAAACACCAAGGUUUACAUGCAUUUACAGUGAUGACUGAUGGUUUAGUCUUCGUACACAUAAGGUCCUAAGGUGCACAGCAAUCAUUCGCCAUAUUUUAAGUCCACCAUGUUCCUAACGACCUCCAGAUAUAGUCUACAUCCAUCAAUGGUGCCGCUGCCAAUCAGUUUUUUCAGGAGCGAUUUACACAGUAGCAAUCAGAAGAAGAUGUGAUACUUCGUAACAUUCUUCAGAAUUAACUUGAAAGCUGAAGAAAUCGUCAAAAUGUGACAAAACGUGUAUGACAAUGUUCUUUAAAAGAAUUGUCUGGCUUUUGUCGUAGAACGAUAUUCGAUAGCGCAUUGGAAUUUCCCCUAAUCCUGCUUUUGAAAACCAGUCCUGCCUAAAACGUACACGUACAUUGCGUUUUUCAGUCAUUCAGCAUGCACAGUAGAGUUUUAUAAUGUCCUAUAUGUUAUUGACAUAUCACUAAUAACAGGUAGAUGACAUUUAAAGUGUCAAUUAUCAAGGACCGCGUGUCAGUCCGUUAUUCGUGUGUUCAGUCUUUCUAUAUACCGUAGUUAUGUUUGUAUGUGUGUUGGAAUAAAUGGCGUAUCGGUUAAGAAAUUGUCGUUC